AUGCGGUAUCAUAAGUCUCCGGCAAAAAUAUUCUUUGGACGUAAGCUUAGAACUCCAUUAGAUAUUUUUACUGCAACCGAAAAACCUAAUCUAAAUCUUACUUCUCAGCAGAAACAAAUGAAACAGCAAUUCGAUGCUCAUCACGGCGCAAGGCCACGUUCAUUUGUUAUAGGUCAAUCGGUACUAAUUCAACUCUCCAAUGGACAGCGUAUUCCUGGUAAAAUUGUUAGGCUAAUAAGGAAAGCACUCGCUCGCGUCAGCUUUGAAGGAGGAUUCAUUACUAGACAUUUCAAUCAAAUAUGGAAUCGUCCAAAGAGACAGGAAAAGAAAUCCAAUAUGAUUAGCGAAGAUCUACUACCCUCCGGAAAAGAAUCAGCAUGGAUUCAACUAGAUCCAAUACUUCACACUUCGCUAGGAGAAAGAGAGGAGGCAGAACCUUUCAACAACGGGACCACACAACUUCCAGUAGCAUCUGCUCGUCGUUCUGAAAAUCCCUCCGGGGCCACACAACUUCCAGUAGCAGCGGCUCGUUGUUCUGAGCGUCUUUCGCAUCAAAUUCGACCAGAUUACAAGGCAUUGGGAGGAACUCGCCCCUAUCGAGGACAGCAUUCUUAA